GCGCGUGUGUGUGCGUGUGUGUGUGUUCUGACGUGGGGAAACGAAAACCAAGAGGAAACUGAAACCUAACUCAGCAAUAAAAGCGCACAAGAGCAAGCCUGACUCAGAAGAACAGCAGAGAUUCAUGGAGGUGAAUGUGACCUGACUGACCCAGGAAUCAUCGUUCUUCUAAAACUGAACAAGAACUGUGCGAGACCUUGGAAAUGGAGAGAGGAGCAUGUGGCUUCACCUCAAAUUUUAGAGGUCUCCGAGGCAGAGGGCGUUGGAGAGGAGCAGAGGACGGAAGACGAUCACACAGCUUUCAAGGAAGAGAGCCGGCAGUUGGAAGAAGAAGAGGUGGUGGUGGUGGAGCAAGAGGGGAUCCUUUAAUGGAAGGAGCAGUUGGAUGGGAACGUGGGUGGGAUUCGGGAGGACUCAGAGGGAAUGAGGCGAGAAGGAGAGGUUGGAGAGGACAUAGUACGUCAGGUGACAGAAGAGGUGGUGGAGGUGAAAGGCAAAGUAGAAACGGAAAACGUCAGGGUCCUCAACUGGGCUUCAAAACCUUGCAGGAUAUUUCUGAACAGGAACCGUCAGCGGUGGCCAUCACCCUUUCCUCUCACCCCGCCAUGCCCGACUUGCUGAAGGAAACCAACAUGGAGAAGAACCGGGUGGAGCUCCUCUGUUUGUUGCUCAGUAAAGCCUUCAAGGCUAAAAACAACAGAAGCACCGUGCAGCACCUGGCCCAUCUCUUAAAAGAUUCAGGCUUCUUUCGCACCACCCUGCCGCACUACCUGGCCGGCAUGUGGUCGGAGUCCAAUCCGGUCAGCAGGAAACAGGAGCUGGAAAACAUUGUGGUGAUUCUCACGCAGGUCCUCACCAUCUUUCCCGCUAGCUCUGUGGAAGCAGUGGGUUUGCUUCUGACACUGCUCCAAGCUUCCAUGAACAGAUUGAAAACAGCAGGAGUUGAUAUCCCGGCUCAGGUGGCAGAAAGUGUAGAAAAGCUUGAGGACCUGGUGAAGCACGUCCAGGACCGGUCUUGUGAAGGAACUCUCCACCCGGGCAGGGACACCUACAGUCUCCUACACAGUGAUGAUCCAGGCGAAGAGGAGGAGCAGCCGAUGUUUAGGAACAUUCCCAUUUUCCCAACUCCUGAAGAGUUGGAGGAGGACAGUCGGCCCUCUCUUAGAUCCAACAUCAUCUCAAAGCGGUACACCAACACUCUCAUCUACCUGGACACGCACUUCAGGCUCAUGAGAGAGGACUUGUUGCGGGAUCUUCGUGAAGGGAUUCAACUGUUGCGUCACAACUGGAUGGAACCGGAUGAUACAGAGCUAAAGAAAAAGCGCUUCGACAAUAUCCAUGUGUAUUUUGACGUCAAAAUCGGGGUGCCCCGUUGCAUACGGACCAAUCUUGCCUACGACAUCCAGUUUGAUGUACAGCCACUUAAGUUUGUGCGCUGGGAGAACUCCAAGAGAUUGAUGUUCGGUUCUCUGGUCUGCCUGUCCUGUGAUCCUUUUGAGAGCUUCCUGUAUGCCACAGUGGUGGACCGGGACCCCAAGCUGGUUGAGAAAGGACAGAUCCUGAUUGCGUUCACUGACGAGAGCAGAUUAAAACUGGCAGGAAUAGAGAAAGACCAGGUGUUUGUGAUGGUUGAGACCCCCGCCUACUUCGAGGCCUAUCGUCAUGUUCUAGAGGGCCUGCAAGAACAAGAUGAUAACGACAUGCCCUUUCAGAGGUAUAUCGUGGAGUGUAACACAGACGUGCAUCCACCGGCUUAUUUGCAAGAAAACGACCUUUAUAACCUGAGAUCAAUCACUCUACACAAGUUGCGAGUGCCACCCUUUCACAUCCUGAGGGAAGAAGCCUGGCCCGUGCAGAAAGUGCUGGGCUUGGAUGAGUCCCAGAAGCAAGCCCUCCGACUUGCUCUCACUAAGGAGCUGGCCAUCAUACAAGGACCCCCUGGCACUGGAAAAACCCAUGUUGGCCUAAAGAUAGCGCAUGCUCUUCUGGACAAUCGAGGACAUUGGAAUAAUUCGCAGAUGCUGGUGGUGUGUUUUACUAACCAUGCCUUGGACCAGUUCCUUGAGGGGAUCCUUAAAUUUCUUCCCAAGGGCAUCGUGCGUGUGGGUGGCCGCAGCAAAAGUGAGUCUCUGAAGAGAUUCAAUAUGAGAGAGAUGACCAGUGGGCCGUCGAGCGAAACGCCUUUGUACCUGCGCAAUGCAUUCAGAGAUGUCCACUCGGAAAUGGAUAUACUAGAGGAAAAGAUCGAAAAUCAAAACAGCAGACUCCAGUGCUCUCUGAAAGGUAUCCUGGCUGACUCUAUCCUUAAGAACGUCAUUUCCCAAAACCACUGGGACAGUCUGCACCGACCCAUUGGUUACCGGAAAAGGAAUCCCAGGUCAAGUGUGAUACUGGAGUGGUUGGGCUUGAACUCCACUGGCAUCCUGCAGAUGGAGACAGAGGACACAAAUGGAGAUGAACCCUUAGGUGCAGCAACAGAGGACGAAAUGGGGCCGGGGCAACAGGACCUCCUCCAUAUCGUGGAGGAGGCCGAAAUGAUCCAGGCCGAUCGCUUCAUUGACGACAACGCUGACCUCAAACUCAGAAGAAACAUGGUAUACUCGAUGUUUCCGUACACAAACCUGCAGGAUGAGAUGUUGGCUAUGAACCUGAAAGAGGAAAAAAGAAAGCUUGAGCAGCCUGAGGAAGAAUGGACGUAUCAAUCACAACAGAAGCGUAAAAUGAUUUACAAAAUCAAGAGAGAGCUUUCCAAGUCAGAAUCUAUGAGCGAAGAGGAGGGAAAGAACGUUCUGGACAUUUGGGACCUCGGGAUGAAGGAUCGAUGGAGACUUUAUCGGCUGUGGCUGGUGCGCUACAGAGCUGAUAUCCGUACCGGCACUGUACCGUUGGAAGAUGAAUACCAGCAGGCGGUGAACAGGUACAACGAAUUGAAACAUGACCAGAGCCGCCAUAUCCUGCAGCAUGCCAAGGUAAUCGGCAUGACCACGACAGGGGCGUCCAAGUACCGCAAGGUUCUGCAGGAUGUGGGCCCGAGAGUGGUGAUUGUGGAAGAGGCUGCAGAAGUUCUGGAGGCCCACAUCAUCACCACACUCAGUCAAGCGUGCCAGCAUCUCAUCCUCAUCGGAGACCACCAGCAGCUGCGUCCCACAGCCACGGUAUAUGACCUGGAGAAGAACUACAAAAUGGGGGUGUCCAUGUUUGAGAGGCUGGUGGGGAUGGGACUACCUUACGUCCGACUCAACCAACAGCAUCGCAUGAGGCCGGAGAUUGCCCGCCUGCUGACUCCAAAUAUUUAUUCCGAUCUGGAAAACCAUCCCUCUGUGUUGAACUUUGACGACAUCAGGGGCCUCAAUACCAAUGUCUUCUUUGUGGAACACAACGAACUGGAAACGCAGUUCAAGGAGGAGCAUAGCCACAAGAACCUGCACGAAGCCAAGUUUGUAGUUGCUUUUUGCCGUUAUCUCCUACUCCAGGAGUACAACCCAGAGCAGAUUACCAUUCUAACAACCUACACAGCCCAGCUCCACUGUCUGCACAAACUCAUGCCUGGCGAUCAGUUUAAAGGUGUCAGAGUCCAUGUGGUGGACAAGUACCAAGGAGAAGAAAACGACAUUGUCCUGUUGUCUUUGGUGCGCAGCAACACCCAGGGUAAAGUUGGCUUCUUGAACAUCUCCAAUCGUGUUUGCGUAGCCUUAUCCAGGGCCAAGAAAGGUCUCUACUGCAUCGGCAACAGUCAGAUGCUGGGACAUGUGCAGCUGUGGAAAAACACCUUCCAAAUCUUGAAGGAGAAGGAUCAGAUCGGGAGGGCGCUAACUCUUUGCUGUCAGAAUCACCCAGAAAGGAAGGUUGAAGCCUCUUGUGCUGAUGAUUUCAAACAAGCCCCAGAGGGAGGCUGCACCAAACCUUGUGAGUUCCGUUUGGAUUGCGGCCACGUGUGCGAGAGUGUCUGCCACACUUACGACAAAGAGCACCAGAAAUACCAGUGUCUCAAGAAUUGUGAGAGGAUCAUAUGUCCUUUGGGACACAAGUGCUCACGUAAAUGCUUUGCAGUUUGUCCAAAGAACUGUCCGAUCAAGGUUGAAAAGACUAUACCCAAGUGCCAGCACAAGCAAAUGGUUCCCUGUCACCAGGACCCAGAGGAAUUUAUUUGCAAAGUUCCUUGCCAGAAAAUGCUUCUGUGUGGGCAUCGGUGUGAUUCUAUAUGCGGGAAUCCCUGCACCAGCAAGUGCAUGGUCAAUGUCAUGCUACAACUAAGCUGCGGUCACAACCAGCUAGGAGCUUGUUUUUACAAAACGAUGAAGCCUGUUGAGGAGCCACUGUGUACGACAUUGUGCGGGCAGCAACUCAAAUGCAACCAUGCCUGUCGUGGAACUUGCGGCCAGUGUAACAAUGGCCGGUUCCACUUAUCUUGCAAUCAUAAGUGCAAGCGUCUUCUGAUCUGUUCCCACGAGUGCACUGAACCCUGCACCAGCAGCUGCCCCCCCUGCGAUAAGCCGUGUGAGAACUGCUGCGUUCACAGCAAGUGCAUGAGCAAGUGUGGACAGCCCUGUGCUCCUUGCAAGGAGCCCUGUGCUUGGCAAUGCGUCCACCAAAGCUGCAGUAAGCUAUGCCACGAGCCGUGCGAUCGGCCGCCCUGCAACCAACCCUGCACCCUGACCCUGAUUUGCGGUCACCCGUGCAUUGGCCUGUGCGGGGAAAAAUGUCCAAGCAAAUGCCGCGUCUGUCAUGAAAACCAGGUGACCGAGAUUUUCUUUGGCACAGAGGAUGACCCCGAGGCUUGCUUCCUCCAGCUGGAGGACUGUGGCCACAUCGUUGAACACACGUCCAUGGAUACAUACAUGGCGAUAGAUGACGAACUCCAAGCCAGUGAAGGGCAGCUGGCCAUAAAGCUGAAAGAAUGUCCAAAGUGUCGGACUCCGAUCCGCAAGAACUUACGCUAUGGAUCUCAUAUCAACAGAAGUCUUGCAGCGAUAGAGAUGGUGAAGACAAAAAUAAGGGGAUCUCAGGGCAGCAUAAAAAUACAGAGUUUGGAGCUUCUGGACACUCUAUGGCGCUAUAAUAUGGACUCAGAUAAAGAAAUGAAAAUAAAAGAAAAACUGCAAAGAAAGGACCUUACGACCAACGACUUAUGGGUCAUCAAAAACCGACUGAACUUUAUUGACAGAGUUAAAAAACUACAGUCAGUAGUCAGGCAGAAUACCACAUUGACCAACUUUUGGGAUUUUGAGAAGAGUACAAACAACUUCCUGCUCUGGAACGGCAACCCCUCUCAAAAAUUCACAGAGCAGCAGAUGUUCGACAUGCAAAGGGAGCUGCAAAGGCUCACGCUGGGGGCCGAACUCGUCGUCCUUUGCAGCAGUGCGGAGAAACGAGGGAAACAUAGCCUUAUCGAAAGUGAGGCACAAAUAAUGAAAGAGACGCUGGGAAAGCACGGCCAGUUCACCGAGCAGGAUGGAGAAAGACUGAAAGACGUCAUGGAGGAAAUGAAGCAAAAGGUGCCUGUCACAGGUUUGCAAAUCAGUGAGGAGGAGAAAAAAAUGAUCGUCAAGGCAAUGGGAUUGCGAUCUGGACACUGGUACAAAUGCCCCAACAACCAUGUCUACGUUAUCACCGAGUGCGGGGGGGCUAUGGAGGCCCGACGAUGCCCUGACUGCAAGGCCACCAUCGGCGGGAGCUCUCAUCGGCUGGCCGCCGGCAAUCAGGUGGCUUCGGAAAUGGACGGCGCCCAGCACGCGGCGUGGUCCGAGGCCAACAACCUCAAUAACUUCGAAGAUCUUCACCUAUAGGCAAGGCUAACUAGCAGUUACACAUAUGGUUAAAUGUCUUGGCCAGCUACGUUCAUUCUGAACUCGAUUUUUUGUCUUGCUCAGAUACUCCACGACGGAUCAACCCAAUGGCUCGCUUCAUCCACUUGUUGCAAGACAUAAUUUGUGGAGACCAAUCAUCUAUGCACUAUUACCCAUUUGAAAAAAAAUAAAAAAAUACUAAUGCCAGCCACUCCCAUUUCGCAUUUCGAAUGACAAACUAGAGGAUUACUAAAUCCUUCUUACCUCUGAGCACAAAAAAACUGCGAGCAAUGAAAAAUAAUACAGAAUUUGUUGUGAUCCGGCUUCCGGAUCACACAGCUCUAGCAUGUUUAUGUCCUUUUUGUAUUGUCCUAUGUUUUGAUCAUGUUUUGGACUCUACCGAUCCCGUUUAUUAGCGCACUUCCUUGUUUUGUAUUGUCACCAUGGCAACCUCAGUACGCCUCCUGCACGGAUUCAUUACGCACACCUGUUUUGAAUUAUUUGUGUUGUAUUUAAGACCACCUGCUACCUUAGUUCCUCCUGGCUGUUUUGUUUGCUACUUGCAACACGCACGUUGGUUCUUAUUUUUGUAAUCACUAUUGCUAAGUCUCGCCUCAGCUUUGCGUGCGCUCUGCACCUCUAUUCCUGUACUCUGCUCUCGUUGCUAAUUAUUAGCAUAGCUCUCCGUGCAUUCGGCACGCCUUUUCUUUGCGUUUUGUACCAGUAUUAUUUUUGUUUUUGUAUUAAAUCUAAUCUUACCUGCAACUCCUGCCUGUCCUGGUCCUCUUGCAUCCCUGGGGUAGCAACACGCAUCCAUUAUGCCUCGCCAUCGUGUCAGAAUUUGUUAAAACGAAAUCAACAUGAUAAUUACUGCUAUUGGAUAUUACUUUUUAUUUCUUUUUUUAAAGGGGAACAUUAUCACCAGACCUAUGUAAGCGUCAAUAUAUACCUUGAUGUUGCAGAAAAAAGGCCGUAUGUUUUUUUUAACCAAUUUCCGAACUCUAAAAGGAAGAAUUUGGCAAUCUAUCCAUCCAUCCAUCAUUUUCCGCUUAUCCGAGGUCGGGUCGCGUGGGCAACAGCCUAAGCAGGGAAACCCAGACUUCCCUCUCCCCAGCCACUUCGUCUAGCUCUUCCCGGGGGAUCCCGAGGCGUUCCCAGGCCAGCCGGGAGACAUAGUCUUCCCAACGUGUCCUGGGUCUUCCCCGUGGCCUCCUACCGGUUGGACGUGCCCUAAACACCUCCCUAGGGAGGCGUUCGGGUGGCAUCCUGACCAGAUGCCCGAACCACCUCAUCUGGCUCCUCUCGAUGUGGAGGAGCAGCGGCUUUACUUUGAGCUCCUCCCGGAUGGCAGAGCUUCUCACCCUAUCUCUAAGGGAGAGCCCCGCCACACGGCGGAGGAAACUCAUUUCGGCCGCUUGUACCCGUGAUCUUAUCCUUUCGGUCAUGACCCAAAGCUCAUGACCAUAGGUGAGGAUGGGAACGUAGAUCGACCGGUAAAUUGAGAGCUUUGCCUUCCGGCUCAGCUCCUUCUUCACCACAACGGAUCGGUACAACGUCCGCAUUACUGAGGACGCCGCACCGAUCCGCCUGAAAGGAAGAAUUUGGCAAUCUAAACGCCUUUCAAUUGUUCGCUGUCGGAGUGAUGACCUUUCACCUGUGACGUCACAAUGGGAAGCAAUCCACCAUUUUCUUAAAAAACAUUACACACGCCAAGUCAAAUUAGCUCUGUUAUUUUCAUUUUUUUCGACUGUUUUCCGUACCUUGGAGACAUCAUGCCUCGUCGGUGUGUUGUCGGAGGGUGUAACAACACGAUCAGGGACGGAUUCAAGUUGAUAUACGUGGAGUGUGCAUCGAUUAGCACGUCAUGCUAAUCAAUGCUAAAAUGCUAUUUAGGCUAGUUGUAUGUACAUAUUGCAUCAUUAUGCCUCAUUAGCAGCUAUAUUUGCAUCCAGCCUUUCCCUCCACCCACAUUUAAUGCCAAACAAACACAUACUAAUCAACGGAUUUAAGUUGCACCAGUAUCAAAAGAUGCGAAAGUCCCUCGUUUGGUCUGCACAUUUUACCGUCGAUGCUACGACAGACAUGGCAAGAAUGUGUGGAUAUCCUGCGACACUCAAAGCAGAUGCAUUUCCAACGAUAAUGUCAACAAAAUCACAAAGGGGAGUUUUGUUAAUGUUAUUGACUUAUGUGCUAAUCAGACAUAUUUGGUCGCAGCAUGACUGCCAGCUAAUCGAUGCUAACAUGCUAUUUAGGCUAGCUGUAUGUUCAUUUGUAGCUAUAUUUGCAGCCUUUCCCUCCACCCACAUUUAAUGCCAAACAAACACUUACCAAUCGACGGAUUUAAGUUGCUCCAGUGGUCUGGUCAAAAGAUGCAAUCGUUGGUUAGAAGGCGAUCGCCGAAUAGCUUCAAUAGCUAUUCGCUCAAUAGCUUCCGCCAUGUUUGUUUGUAUUGGCAUCACUGUGUGACGUCACAGGAAAAUGGACGGUGUAUUUACAGAUAGCGAAAAUCAGGGACUUUAAAGCCUUUUUUCGGGAUAUUCCAUGAUGGGUAAAAUUUUGAAAAAAACUUUGAAAAAUAAAAUAAGCCACUGGGAACUGAUUUUUAUUAGUUUUAACCCUUCUGAAAUUGUGAUAAUGUUCCCCUUUAAAUCUUUUAACCCUUUAGAGAAGAACUGCACAUUUUUUUUUGCAAUUUUGCCCAUGGUUUACAAUCAUUAAGAAAGACAUGACGGAUGUCAUUUUUUUUUUGCAUUCUAAAUAUUAAAUAAAUGCAGUUGAAAGCCUGCUUAAAAUGGAGCCUAUGGGAGCUGCGCAAUUCCGCCUACAAAACCCGUACAAAACAUUCAAACAUCUCCAUUGAGGUUUUGCAUACAUGAUGUAAGUACCGUAUUUUUCGGACUGUAAGUCGCAGUUUUUUUUUCAUAGCGACUUAUACUCAGGAGCGACUUAUGUAUGAAAUUAUUAGCACAUGACCGUAAAAUAUCAAAUAAUAUUAUUUAGCUCAUUCACGUAAGAGACUAGACGAAUAAGAUUUCAUCGGAUUUAUCGAUUAGGAGUGACAGAUUGUUUGGUAAACGUAUAGCAUGUUCUAUAUGUUAUAGUUAUUUGAAUGAUAAUAUGUUACGUUAACAUACCAGGCAAGAUCUCAGAUGGUUAUUUAUGCGUCAUAUAACGUACACUUAUUCAGCCUGUUGUUCGCUAUUCUUUAUUUAUUUUAAAUUGCCUCUGAAAUGUCUAUUCUUGGUGUUUGGUUUUAUCAAAUAGAUUUCCCCCAAAAAUGCGACUUAGGUUUUUUCCUUCUUUAUUAUGCAUUUUCGGCAGGUGCGACUUAUACUCCGGAGCGACUUAUACUCCGAAAAAUACGGUAUAUAUUUAAUGUAGUAAUGAGCACAUUUAUAGUAACAUUUAAAAUGUACAGAAACGCAUCACGUCUGUUUCUGUUUUUCUUCAUCUCUUACGCACUUCACUUUAUAAAAGACAGUAAACAUAAUAACACAUCACUUACUGUACAAGGUCUGCCGUCAUUAGGAUGCCAACUACUAGGGUGUUCAUAUAUUCCCAUUUCGAUUAAAAACGACUCAUAUUUUGUGUCGUCCUCGCCAGUUUCGGGUCCUUGUCGGAAUACAUACUCAGACUUCUUCUGUGCCGGUGAGAUGCAUGACUUAUGAUCUAGAAUAAAUUUAGAGGGGGCGAAGAAGCAGCAGACCACCCAAUGAAAACAUAGGCACUCAAGCUUGUGAUCACGGCCCCGCAAUAAAUAGUUUGUCUGCGUUAGCGCUCAUAAUAACAAUAUCAUGAAUACUUGGUUAAUAAUCAAGUCACAAACGCAAUAAAUAGUUUGUCCGCGUUAGCGCUCAUAAUAACAAUAUCAUGAAUACUUGGUUAAUAAUCAAGUCACAGAAUGUAAAUGGAGUAUUGUUGGUGCUUUUUUGAAUGGUUAUUUAUUGGAUUUUAUGAGCCAAUUGGCUCCGUUUUUACAUUUAGUCAAUAUUUAGAAUGCAUAAAAAAAAAAAAAAAUCCAUUCGUCAUCGUCUUUCAUAAUAAUCCCCCAAAAAGUGCAGUCCCCUUUUUAAAUUCCAGGUUUUUGUCAGGAUGCCACGAAUAAGCGAAAACUAUGAAUUUUUUUUACCAUACUACAUGCAAAAUAAGCCUUUUGUUUAGAAUUACUAUUGUAACCUGUGUUUGUGUGUGUGUGUGUAAAAUGCAUACUGUUGACCGCACAAUAUGCUAACCAAGUAUUAUUUUCCAGCUUUUAUAAACAUCAUUUUUAAACCAUUAUCAUCACUUACACUAUUUGUUUUGAAGCUUCAACUAUUUUAAUCCCUUAUUCCAUCCAUCCAUCCUGAAUAAGAUACAGGACUGUCUCAGAAAAUUUGAAUAUUGUGAUAAAGUCCUUUAUUUUCUGUAAUGCAACUAAAUACUUGAAAACGUCAUACAGUCUGGAUUCAUAUUGCAAGCCUUUUAUUAUUUUAAUAUUGCUGAUUAUGGCAUACAGCUUUUUUUCUUGGUCUGAGGAAAUAUUCCAAUUUUUUGAGAUAGGAUUUUCGAGUUUUCUUAAGCUGUAUGCCAAAAUCAGCACUAUUAAGAUAAUAAAAAGCUUGCAGUAUUUCAGUUGAUGUGUAAUGAAUCCAGAAUGUAUGACAUUUUGAUGUUUAGAAAAUAAAGGACUUUAUCACAAUAUUCUAAUUUUCUGAGACAGUCCUGUAUGUGUAUUGAGCUUUCAUGGAAGUGGGUUGAAAAACCCCAACUUGGAUUUUAAUGUCAGACUUUUUUAGUGUGUGUGUGUGUUGCUCACUGUGUAUUUUAGACUCAUUGUACACAAUUUGCAUAAAAAUAAAAAAAAACAGUAGUAUAGUUGUAGUGCAUAGGUAGUAGUAGUCAUAGUAGUCUAUAAAAGAAUCAUGAAAUCUUUGUUGCAAAUGAAGAUUGAUAGGGUAUGUUUAUUUUUUUGUUAGGCUGUUGUAACCACUUUGUUUCACACUUGCACCGCUACAACCGUGUCUUUAAAUCGCUACCAGAGCUAAUUUUUACAAGCAUGAACAAAAAAAAAUGUGUGUCACUCAUCAGGAAACUGCGUACUCAGCAAAAUAAACAAUCCCGAAAAUA